AUGUCUGAUUACAUUCUCUACAACUACACACCUUCGCUAGCAGCCGCAGUGAUAUGUCUACUUCUUUUUCUGUGCACCACAUUCGGACACAUCUUUCUGGUUUGGAAGCAUAAGACAAAAUUCUUCAUAACCUUCAUUGUUGGUGGAUUCUUUGAAUCGAUUGGAUAUGGGGCACGAGCAAUCAAUGCCCAUGAAGCUCCCAAUUAUGCGACAAUGCCAUACGCCAUGCAGAGUCUCUUUAUUUUACUCGCUCCUUCUUUAUUUGCGGCGUCAAUAUAUAUGAUUCUUGGCCGGAUCAUCCGUCUCGUCGAUGGGGAUUCGAGAUCUCUCAUCCGCGCAACGAGAUUGACCAAGAUCUUUGUACUGGGUGAUGUGCUGUCAUUUGUCAUCCAGAGCGGAGGCGGCGCAAUUAUGUCCAGUGCCAAAUCAGCGAGCAAGUUGAAACUUGGUGAAGAUGUAAUCAUCGUCGGCUUGGUCGUCCAAAUUAUAUUCUUCGGUUUCUUCGUCCUCGUCUCAGUGAUCUUUCAUCAUCGAAUGGCGAAAAACCCUACAAAUGCAGCAUUGGGCACACCCGUGGACUGGAGCCGCUACAUGAUUGUGCUGUAUUUUGCAAGCGCGUUGAUCAUGACCCGUUGCCUGUACCGAGUGAUUGAGUAUAUUCAAGGAUCGACUGGCCUUUUGCAGAGUCACGAGUACUUCAUGUACGUGUUUGACACUAUUCUCAUGCUUAUGGUUACCAUAAUCUUCUUAGCCUUUCACCCGAGUGAAGUCAUCUACGAAGGGCACCGUAAACUUGACGACUUGGAGCUCAUACGCGGACAGAGGGAUUAG